AUGGUCAUGAUCAAACUACCCAAGAGGAACACCCACCGUGUUCAUAUCAAUAAGGGCCUUCCUUCAAAGUACAAUAAAAAACUAAGCAAGUGGCCAUUCACAUGGGGAGGAAGAAAGUUUCGUCGUAUAUCUCAGCCGCCUAGAGGAUCAGAUGGGAAACUUGAUCCAAAAUUCCAUCGCGGGGAUAUCCAAGCAUCGCUGCGACUCGAUAUUCCCCUUAGCGAAGACAACAUUGUAUUCCUAAGAGAGCAUCCUGAGCACGUAAAAUGGCUUAAAACCCAUCUACAUCAUGACUUAUUGGCAAAGAUCGAGUUAUUCUGUCACCCACUAGUGAAGCAAAGUAGUGCAAUAUUGUGGUUUUCAUUUCACCAAGGUAGUUGA